UCUUGUUUUUGCCGGUGAACUUGCCAACGGUCGUCACCAUUUGUCUGCGUUUCUGGCUUGAGAGAUAGCAGUAGCCAGUGCAUGAUAAAACUACACUACCUUCGGUCUGCUUUUACCCCGCCGACCCCCAGGCAGAUCCUGGAUGUGAUAGCUGUUUCCUAACUCAUCGAUGUGGUUUAGACGGCACUGCUGAGCUUGCCCGUGAUUUGAAUGUGGCAGUGUAAAGGUUGCAGUUCAAAGACCUCAACUAGAGGCCAGUUGCUUAAACAUUACAGAUUAAAUCAUCCACAUUAUGGGCGCAGGCACCCAUAUCCUUGCCCAUAUAGUAGUUGUCCAUGUACAUCUAAGUCCUGGAAUGCACUCAGGUCACAUUUGUGUAGAGUCCACACUAGAGAAACAUCACAGCAAACAUUGACAUUGACGACAUUCAGCUGUCAUGUUUGUGGGUUCUCUGAAGUUUCCUCUGAAAAGGAGUAUUUCACUCAUAUAAAUUUGCAUCUCAAAGCCAAUGAAACAGUCCCCUGCAUGUUCAAGGGCUGUACAUUUAGGACAAAUAUUUAUGGGACAUUUAAAUCACAUAAAAAUAGAAAGCACCUUGGUUAUUCUUACAGUGACUUUAAACCUGGAAUAGUUGCAGAAAGAGACAGUUUUGAGAGCUCAAGUGUUUCAGGUGAACAUGGAGACAAUGAAGAAUCAGAAGCAGCCCAGCUUGAAGUGCAGUCUAGUUUUCAGAGGGACUGCUCAGAAAAUCUUGAGAAGAUGAUAGAAGAGAAACUUGCAGCAGUGUUGCUUAAGCUGGAAAACAUACUCCAUGUUCCCAGCAAUGCAGUUGAUGAACUUUUACAGGACUUGCACUUCCUAAUAAGUUCCGCAUCCCAGACUACAUUAAAUACCAUUGUUUCAGAUUUUUGUACAAAGCAUAAUCUUGUUCUCGAUGCUAAAGAAACUGAGGAAUUGGCCUCUGCCUUCUGUCUUGCUAAUCCCUUGACCAAAGCAAUUGGAGAUCAGGGCCCACUUGGCACUGCUUUUAAGCGGAAACAGUACUUCAAAGACAAGUUCCAAGUAGUUGAACCAGUUGAAUAUGUUUUGGAUAAGGAGCGCAACCAUACCUACCAAUAUGUACCAUUAUUGCAGUCAUUGCAGCAGCUCCUUAGCAAAGAUGGUAUAAUUGAUGCUGUAGUAGAAAACUGGAGUGCUCACCAAAAUGAAACUGCACAAGAAUACAAGUCAUUUCAGGAUGGAGAAUUUUUCAAACAAAAUGAGUUCCUAUCUUCAGGGGAAUUGAGAAUACGUGUGACCCUUUAUAUUGAUGAGUUUGAAGUGUGCAACCCUCUGGGCACUUCCAGAAAGAAGCAUAAACUUUGCGCUAUGUACUGGAUUUUGAGCAACUUACCCCCAGGCCAGCACUCUUCUUUGUCAUCCAUCUACUUGGCAGUGCUGUGUAAAAGUAACUUGAUCAAGGAAUACGGAUAUGGGAAAGUGCUUGAACAUCUUUUGCGUGAUCUGGUUGUCUUGGAAGAGCAUGGCGUGUUUGUCCCACAGAUUGGAAAAAAUAUUCAAGGCACAGUACAAUGUGUUGCUGCAGACAAUCUCGGUGCCCAUGGAAUUGCAGGCUUUGUGGAAAGUUUUUCAGGAAAGUUUGUUUGUCGAUUUUGCACAGGGCGUUUCAGUGAUUUUCAGACCAAGCAGGUUCUGUCGGGUGAGUUUAGUCUUAGAUCCAAAGACGAACACAAAGAACAUGUUAAACAUGCAGUGGAAAAUGGAAAGCCUUGUGUUGGAGUAAAAAGGCCAUGUGUGCUGACAGAAAAUCUUUCUCAUUUUGAUGUAACAACUGGAUAUCCACCUGAUGUACUCCACGAUCUGUUGGAGGGUAUUGUUCCAGUGGAACUUGCACAGUGCCUGGGUGUGUUGAUAUCCAAACAAUACCUCUCUUUGGACACUUUAAAUAAGGUAAUUCUCAAUUUCCCCUACAAAGGAGAAGAUAAAACAAACCGCCCUCAUGUUGUGCCACAAAAACUUUUAAGCAAAAAGACAAUAGGUGGCAAUGCAGCUGAAAACUGGACCCUCAUAAGAUUGCUGCCUUUCAUGAUUGGAGAUGUUAUACCUGAUGAUGAACCAGUGUGGGAGAUAAUUUUGGAUUUAAAAGAUAUAGUGGAACUUGCUGUUUCCCAGAUCCAUACAGAAGAAUCAAUUGGAUAUCUUCAGUUCAAAAUAUCUGAUCACAGACAGAAAUAUCAAGAAGCAUUUCCGAACCAAAAACUCCUCCCAAAGCAUCACUUCUUAGAGCAUUACCCUCACAUGACCCGAUGUUUUGGUCCUCUAGUCAGAGUCUGGACCAUGAGAUUUGAAGGCAAACACAGUUUUUUUAAGCAAGUUGCCCAUCACACCAAGUGUUUCAAGAAUGUUGCUCUAACACUGUCAAGAAAACACCAGAUGAUGAUUGCGUAUCACUUGCACUCAUCAUGUCCACAGAAACCUGCAGUUGAAGUAUCAGGAAUAUCGAGAGUCCCUGUUGAGGUGCUGAAAGAUGAUGUAUCAUUGCCUCUUCAGCAGAUGUACCCAAACCUGGCAGAAGUAAACAUGGCUAACAGUGCAGAUUACAAGGGGAUCAACUAUAGAAAUGGAAUGAUAGUCAUUUGUGGAUUUUCUGAUGGGCUACCUGAAUUCGGAGAGAUAAUAAGGAUAUGUGUACUUCAGGAUAUGCUGAACUUCUUAGUCAAGAUGUUCUCAGCUUGGUUUAGGGAGCACUACCGGGCCUUUGAACUGCAACCAUGUACAACUGGCACAAUGUCCCUGAUAACACAUGACGAACUGGCAGAGAAGUACCCAUUACAUGAUUACUUUGUUGGGCCCCUUCGACUGGUUACAUUUAAAAGAUAUCCAUAUAUUAAAAGGAAGUGUUGAAUAUACUGACUCAUUUGGAUGAUGGCUGCACCAGUAAAACUACGGAUUAUCCUUGGUUCCAACAAUGCUGAAAAACUGACCAUAGAAUCAGGCAUGCCAAUGUCUGUUGAGGAUCUUGCAAAUGAGAUCAAACGUCAGUUUGAUAUAGAGGAGGACAUUAGACUCCAGUACAUGGACAGUGACUUUGAUAACGAAUUUGUUAACCUUAACAAAAUUUGCGACAUUCAAGACAAGAGCACAGUGAAAAUCAUCCGCUUGUCAGAUGCUCUAGACCUCAGCCAAGGCAGCAUGAACCAGAGUGGGGAAGAAGCAUCCUUGUCAUCUUCUGACACAUUAAAACUCUCCUCUGAUUCAGAAUCUUCUCGAUCACAUUGGCCCACAGAAUUCCAAAUUCCAAAGUUUUCAUAUGACGUGGAGAUGCAACUUCGAAGUGCAAACCAGGACUUUGUAUCAAAUGGAGUUCUUCUGACCCCCGGUCAUAAACUUAAAUCAGACAUCUUGGAAAGUCUGGCUCAGGAAAUCAUCAAGUUCAAGGCAUAUCCCUCAAACUUGGAAAUUGAAUCUGUUGCUGAAGCUUUAAUCAAAGCACAUCCAUGUUUGAGAGAACAGGGAUCCUUCUGUGGUUUCUACGGCUGGAAAAUAAGCCUCAAGUAUAAGAUGGCAAACUACAGGACAAAACUUAGAAACUUGGGGUGCCCAGAACUGAGCAUCAAUUCCCUCAAGCACAAACCUGCAGAUAGAUGUCAGCCCGCCUAUGAUGUCAAAAAAGCAAGGAAAGCCGAAGUCAAUUUUUUCCCCCCCUUUCCUGCUGGAGAGACCCAGGACAGCCUUGAAGGGGAAAGAUUGGCGUUGUUAUCUGAGGUCAAGAAGAGACAUAAUGAUAAAGUUGUCAAAGAAAAGAUGGCUAAGACCUUCGCAUACAGAAGGCAAGAGGUCGUCAGAGACAAGCCCAUGAUCAUGGAGUUCAAGAUCAGAUGGCCAGGACUCUUCACUGUCGCAGAGGUGGAAGCAGAAUUUGUGAGGAUCACUACUGGUCCCCUUGUCUCAAAGUUCCAUGCACAGCUUGACCGACACACUGCCCAGCUCAUCAAAGUGUUCAAGAAGAAAGGAGGCUCUGCAGGGACUACCAUCAGAAGGAUUUUGGUCCCAAUCACACAGAAUGAAACUGUUGAAAAGAGGAGGGAGUGCAUCCUCAGGGCGCUUUGUAUCUACCUCAACGAAGACCCGAACAUCCUCUUCAAAGAAUACCUGGAUACUGCUGGCACCGCUGCACAGAGGGAGCUUGAGCAACUUACCCUUGGCAUCUACAUCAUCAAAGUCGAGGGAGGUGAUGCCACCACUCCUCCAGCUGAUGUUGGAAUAGUGAUCGAGGGUGUUGAAGUUCUUCAUGACCUGGACGUCACCUCUGCAUGUGCACUCUUAAUGGGUGUAAUAUAUGCACUGAACCUCAGUUAUCCUAAGGAACUGAAGACCUUCUUUGAAGGACUUCAAAAGCUCUUCCUUCAGCUGGAUGCUGGCAGACUCUCAGCCAAGGUACAAAUGCUCAAGAACAAACUGUAUGAAUGAACCAAACAUUGAUUUGGAUGCUGAAGUGACAAGUUAAGUGAGAGACCAUGCAGCACCAAAUUUGUUGACAACUGAAUGGAAAUAGAAAUAGCAAAUCUUCUAGCUGAAGUUAUUGUUUACGUAGAUAUUGAAAACACUUUCAUAACCAGAGGACCAUAAGAACUUCGUGUAGUGGCUGCAACACGAGCUGACAUGCUUGUAAAAAUGUUUUCCUUCCACACUACUAAAUUAAAGGUUGACAGCAGCACAUGUUGUUAUAGUUUGACUAUUAUGCUGUUUAAAAAAAAGAGAACUACAAGUUUGUUAUAUUGUCACACAAUAAUAUUGACAAAUCAGGGAUGUUUUGUUUGUUUAUGCUGCAUCAAGGUAGUUUAUAAUUGUUAGUGUUGGGUAACGAUGCAAAACAAGUUGACAUGUUUGUCAAUAUAAUUACAUUUCAGGGUAUUCCCUCCACAAUAUUAAAAAUGGUUAGAUUACAAUGCUGUUACAAAAACAAAAAAUUGAGAACUGCAAGCCUGUUGGAUUGUUGGAUUGCAUAAAAGCAGUUUGCAACUGUUGGUGUUGAACCAUGCUGCACCCUAAUAUCUGUUAGGGUUUUAUUUUGGACCAAGUGGCAACAAAAUGUUCAAUAAAUAUCGCUUAAUAAAGGAAAUGACAAAUAUAUGUUGGGUGUACGA